AUGCGUGGCCGCAUGUAUCGGGUCUACUUCCAUUUGAGUCAUUAUUGUCUUCUAGCAUCAUCAAGAAGGAUUGUGGUCUUGGGAAAAACUGGAGCUGGGAAGAGCAGCCUCGCCAACACAGUAUUUGGUGAGACUGUGUUCAAGACAGACGAUGGACCCAAUUCCGGAACAAGUAAAUGUCAAGCAGAGACGAAAUCAGUCAAUGGAAGAUGCAUUACGUGGGUAGACACUCCUGGGUUUUUUGACACCGAGAAAUCUGAGGAGAGGCUGAAGCCUGAGAUAUUGAAGUGCAUCACAGAGUGCGCUCCUGGGCCUCAUGCGUUUCUCAUUGUUCUUCAAAUGCAGAAAUUCACAGAGCAAGAGGAGGACAUCAUCAACAAACUGCAGCAAUAUUUCUCUAAAGACGCUCUAAAAUAUGCCACAGUUCUCUUUACUCAUGGUGACCAGCUUCCUGAGGAAAUGACGAUCAGGCAGUGGGUCGAUCAAAAUGCAGGUCUGAGUGAUCUUGUGAAGAAGUGCGGAGGCCGCUGCCAUGUCAUUGAUAAUAGACACUGGAAGAACAACCCACAGGAUGAAUACAGGAGCAACAAGUACCAGGUGAAGGAGCUUCUCAAGACAAUAGAUAAGAUGAUUGCGGAAAAUAAUGGACACUACUACACCAAUGAGAUGCUACAAGAAUGUGAGAGACAAAUACAACAAGAGGAAGUACAAAUUAAAGAUUCAUUUCCCGAGAUGUCACAGGAAGCAAUCAGAGUGCAGGCUAAAAGCACUGUCCUGAAGCGGUUCUUGGUUAUAGUGGGUGUUACAGCAGUAGUAUUGUUGGGAAUUUUCCUUGGUGGGAAAAAGAUGAAAGGACUUACAACUGCAUUAGUACUAGUGAUGGGAACAGAAGCAGGACGUGCAGUAACUUAA